GUGUGCAGCUGGUGGUGUUUUAUUAUUGAAUCUGAUCAGAUAUAUGGGGUAAAACGCUGGGAUCUGUUGAUUUCCCGUGUUCUAACAGAUCUGAGCAGAUAUUUAAAUGAAGGCUGUAUUCUCUGUAGGUGAAUAGUGGAAGAAGGGUGGUGUAGAGUUUCUCCUGAUCUCCGGUAAAGAGGAGCAGCAGAAGAUCCGGCUCUGAUCAGCAGAUCCACACCUCUGUACUCAGACCGCUCUGCUCACCUGCUGCAGAAAUGAAUGCCAUCCUGUUCCAGUCUUCUCCUGCUCUUCGAGUCGCCUUUUCUACCUGGUUGAAUUUUGGCUUCAUAUACACACACAAACUUUGUGCAUUUAGCUGUUGAAAGAGGGCAAGAAUAUGGCAUCCAUAGAAAUCUCCAGUUCCCAGCAAACCUCAAAUGAACAGAUGCAGAAAAGUGCAGACAAGAAGACAGUUUUCCCCUGCUCAGAGUGUGGGAAGAGUUUUAAUCGACAGGAUUCUCUUCUGCGACACCAGCGCAUUCACACUGGAGAGAAACCAUAUCACUGCUCAGAGUGUGGAAAGAGUUUUAAUCAUCAAAGUAAUUUCCACCAACACCAGCGUAUUCACACUGGAAAGAAACCGUAUCACUGUCCAGACUGUGGGAGGAAUUUUAAUCAUCGGACUGAUCUAAACACACACCGCCGCAUUCACACAGGAGAGAAACCGUAUCACUGCCAAGACUGUGGCAAGAGUUUUAGUCGACAAAAUCAACUCAGCAUACACCGGCGCAUUCACACUGGAGUAAAACCUUAUUACUGCUCAUACUGUGAAAAAACAUUUACCACCCAGAGUAAUCUCAAAACACACCUGCUCGUUCACACUGGAGAGAAACCAUAUCACUGCCCAGAAUGUGGGGAGAGUUUUACCAGUGGGAGUAAUCUCAAAACACACCAGUUUAUUCACACAGGAGAGAAGGCAUAUCAGUGCUCAGACUGUGGGAAGAGUUUUACUAAUGGGAGUAAUCUAAAGACACACCAACGCAUUCACACAGGAGAAAAGCCAUAUCACUGUCCAGAGUGCGGGAGUAGUUUUAAUCUUCAGACUACUCUCACAAAACACCAGCGCAUUCACACUGGAGAAAAACCGUACCCCUGCCCAGACUGUGGGAAGAGUUUUAGAAGACAGAAUACUCUCCAACAACACCAGCGCAUUCACACUAGAGAGAAACCAUAUCACUGCCCAGAGUGUGGGAGCAGUUUUAAUCUUCAGACUACUCUCACAAAACACCAGCGCAUUCACACUGGAGAGAAACCAUAUCACUGCCCAGACUGUGAGAAGAGUUUUAAACAGCUGAUUACUCUUCAACGACACCAGCGCAUUCACACUGGAGAGAAACCACAUUACUGCUCAGAGUGUGAAAAGAACUUCAGGCAUUCAAGUACAUUUAAGAGACACAAGUGCACUAAGAGCAGAAACCAAUCCAGAUUUUAAUCCAGUUCAACCCAAAUGUUUACAAAGGAAAAACCUUCUCUUGUUUUUAAGUUGUUAAACCAGUUUCUAAAUCAAAUGCAUAAAACAAACUAUAAGUGUGUGCUAAAUGACAAAUUCAGCCUUCAGCCCAUACAUUGAAGACGUCCUUGCAACCCAGAUCCUGAAGUAGACCAUUGUGCUCCAGUCUGUCAGUUAAGCUCCAUUCUGAAGAUAUUCUAGAUGUAAAGCAUGAAACAGUUUGAGAAAUGUUUUUAAAAUAUUGUUAAAAUGUUUUCUCAUCUAAACUGUCUUCCUAUUUCCAGUGUCUAUUUCCAGCAGUUACUUGUCCUGUGUUAGCAUUGCUAAUAUUGCCACAAUUUUUAUUUACCCCCAGAAAUCAGAUUUUAAAAUUAUAUUCUGCUAUAUCAUACAAAUACCGUACGUGUUGGAUUGCAGUGAUUGACAGCCUGGGCUGGAACACACUGGAUUCAUCCAGAAACUUUCGCUACUCCUCCUUCCUUCCUACUGGAGCAGUAUUUGGGGAAAUUGGACAGGUGAUCCCUUUUAGAUAUAAUGUUGACACAGGACCACCAUACAGCAAAUCGAUUUGGGUGGUGGGUCAUUCUCAGCACUGCCGUCACAAUGAUAUGGUGGUGUUGUGUGUGGUAAAGUAUGCAGAGAAACAGAUGGACUAAAGUUUGUAUGGAGAAAAAAAGGACAAUGAAUGUAGAAACAAGGAGAUGAUCCCAUUCUGACAGGACUGUGAAGUAUAUAAAACUUAUGUUAAAUGUUUUGUGCCAUAAAUGUGUAAUUGCUUUGUCAAAAUUCAUACACUUUUUUUUUUUUUCUCUAUUUUUUCCCCAUUUUCUCCCCAAUUUACACGGCCAAUUACCCAACCCACUCAUUAGGACUCCCCCUAUCACUAGUGAUGCCCCAACACACCAGGAGGGUGAAGACUAACACAUGCUUCCUCCGAUACAUGUGAACCCAGCCACCGCUUCUUUUCGAGCUGCUGCUGAUGCAGCAUUGCCGAGCAACCAGCACGCUUGGAGGAAAGCACAGCGGCUCGGCUCCGGUACAUCAGCUCACAGACGCCCUGUGCUGUAGACAUCACCAUAGGAGUGAUGUGGGGAGAGAGCGCCAUCUACCCACCCGAAGGGAGCAGGGCCAAUUUUGCUCCCUGUAACGCCGGCAGCUUGAUGGCAAAGCUGCAUGAGCAGGGGUUCAAACCUGCGACCUCCUGCUCAUAGUGGCAGCGCUUUAG